AGUGGGAGACAGUGCAUGUUGAUGGUCAACAGCGAAAACCCACCCACCAACCAACCACACUACAUAAACCAUCAAACACUCAAACAAACCAUUUCAUGAAUACGAAGAACACAGAAAAGAUGACUCAAGAACCAUCGAUCCUACCAGAUCUAUCCAACCGAGCCACCCAGGAAUACUCAGACCUAUUCGCAGUCUCAGGCAGCUCAUUCCUAACUCCAAUCGAUCAGAUCACCAUCAACAACAGCAACACUACCAUCGAAACAAGCUCACCACCACUCUCAAACCGAUACGAUACAUCCUCACUAAUCGACCUCAAGACACCCAAACGAACCUCACCAACAACCGAUCAACCAAAGACUACUCGAUCAUCCCCAGCCAAGAAGUAUUCAGACCUCAUGGACCAUUCCAUCUCAUCCUACGAUCUCCUACCAAAAGCACUCAGCCCAUCCACUCCAUCAUCUCGAAAGAAUAUCCAUCUCCUCUUCAGUCCCAAAGUCCCUCCUCGUCUCAGCUGGACUCCUCCUACCUCACCGAAAAAUACAAACAAAAUCCUAUCGUCUGAACUCACUCGCGACGAACCAUCAAACCCAUUUAUUCCAGCUAGACCCAAGAGCGCGCAGGCCAGCAGCAGUAGUAACAUCACUCGAACCCAUUCAGUCGACCUACUUGGUCUCUACGAACAAAACCAUCAUCACACCCCUCGACCCCCGAUCACACGCUCCAAAUCCACUACAGCCAUCCACCACUGGGAAGAGACAGAUCAGACUGAAUUAUCAUCCAUCCCAUCCGACGAAAUUCAACAACAACACCAACCUAAAACUACGAAAUCUAUACUCAAACGACCCAACAGUCCGUCCAAAGGUACUCGAGCUCGUUUCUUUAGCCCUAGGGCUCUAUCUGGUCCAACUGGGGACGACGAGAGCGAUGGGAAUGAAGUCAGCUGGGUGGAUGAACAUGGGAACUGUCGUGGACGAGAAAUCAUUCACGAGUUUCAGAAGGACGAGCCGCCGAUGACGCGUCCUAAACCGAUCCUCCAAUCACCACAAUCUCCUUCCCCUCAGAAAAACACUCUGCCACCACCACCCUCAUCUUCUUCUUCCUCAACCGCUCGUCGACACCACCAUACCCCCAAGUUUAUCAUUCCCGAACCAAUCGACCUUGGUAUCGAGCCCAUCUUACCCAGACACUCAACCUCCCCAUCACCCUCUCCACCCUCCUUACCCCCAUCAUCUUAUCUGAUGAACGCAAGAGCCCAUCGGAAGAGUGCCUCGACCAAUACCUGCCACCAAGUCUCGCGGGAUCCACUACAACGAACACGUUCAGUCUCAAACAGUUUAAUCUUCAACACGCCCGAUAACCUCUCGAAUAUCUUAGAUGAGAGUGGUGGUUUCCUCGUCGGAAACGAAACCACAUGGAACGGAGGAGAUAAUAACAAGGAACGCUCAACAGAACUAUCGAUCGACUUGAAUCAUGUGGCCAUGAUGGAACUCUUGGGCAAGAAAAACUUGGCUAAACUUCGACCCGGUUCAGUCUUUGCUAAACUUAACGCCACCAGAGGCUCUGAAUGUCUCAUGGUACCUGAAGAAGAAGAAUCUGUUGAUGUUUCGGGUUUGGCUAGACAGCUCGAGGAUAAAAAGAGUUGUCCAUCUGAUAAUUUGGCUUUGACGGACGAACAGGCGCCACCGAACCUAAGAGGAUCCAUGGAUUUUUCAACUACGUUCGAGUCAUCCAAGAUCAAUUUACCACCCUUACCGACAGAUCGAGAGGAACUAUGGAAAAACAGCCAACCCAAAGAACAGAAGAAACCACCGACGACGACCAGAUUGGCGGGCGUAACGAGGGCCAAGCGAUAUUCGAUGUCGAGUGUUGACCCUCAAAUCUUAGGCCAGCGAGGAGGAAUCCUGGAUGAGGAGACGGCACGAUUGAAGAAGAAGAUCGACUCGAUCAAGUUAUCGAGCCAAGAAGAUACCCGAUCUGUGACGAAGGAUGAUCUGUUUUCAGAGUUGAUGUCUGCGCCCCCGCCAGCGCUAGGACAUCAACGCGAGAAAGCUAGCAGUAAUCGACCGAUCUCCGGGCAGGCCAAACCCACCAAACCGCCGCCGCCGCCGCCGAGCAGUGAACGUCGACCGACGGCUGCCAAGCGGUUGUCCGCGCCGGUCGUCGUAGCCUUCCCUGGUGGGAAACCGCAGGAGUCCAAGAUCACUUCGACGAACCCGGUGAGCAAGCCGCGCAUGAGCUGCAUCUCCACCUCCGUCGUCCCUGUCCGUGCCAAACGAUCCUCGAACAUUGGCAUCGGUCUUCCUGCCUCUUCCUCAGCCCCAGCCGUCAACGCGCUGGCUUCUAAGCUCUCGAGGCCGAGCACGACCGGCCUGACAGGCGUCCGGAGCAAACUCAAGCCCUCUAAUGCGCUCGUCAAGCCGGGCCUUGCCUCGGGCUCGCCCAAAACCAUGAAGAGUCGCUCCUCGCUCUCAACGAUCACCCUUAACUCGCCCCGUCCGACCUAUAAUCCCAGUCCGAAGAAACCUUCCCUCCUCGCCCAAGCUCCUCCCACAGCCAACACAAAGAUGAGCAGUCCGACCAAGAUUCGCAAGACGUUACCCGUACCAGGCACCACUAGCACCAUCCCUGCGCCCCGUCCAUACACUUCCAUCGGCUCGUCAGCUCGUUCCUCUCUCCUGGAACCCCCCUCCUCUCGUUCAGCUCUCCCGCAACCCGCAAGCCUCGGCCACAGACCUCGGACUUCUCCCUUCGCCUCAAACACCCUUGUCUCUGGCAUCUCUCGUCCUUCUUCUUCCUCUAGAAUCAUCCCUCCUGCUUCUGAACCCUCGAAAACACUUACUGCUCGUCAUAUCAAACAGACUCUAUAAACAAAAACAUCUUCUCUAUCCCGUUUUUUUUUUCUUUCUCUCCUCGUUCUUUUUUUCUUACUUUCUCCUUCUUCCAGUCAUUCCUGCUUCUGCUCUCCUCUUCCUCCCUGAUAAAACCUUAAAAGAUACUCCUAGGGGAGUCGGUGAUAUUGGCAAGAUUAAGAUCAUUUUUUUUUGUAUCCCUCUCUCUCUCGUUUUAGCUCUCUAUAUCAAUCCUUCUUGAUCCUUGAUCAUCCUUCAAACAAAAUAAAGAAGAUCUUCAGUAGAAAGAUUUUGAUCACUGCAUGUAUUUCCAC